AUGAACUUUGUCCUCGAUGACGAAUGUAGCGACCUUGUGGUGCUCGAUGGCGAUCUGAUAUCGUGCGAAAACGUUGCACCCGACAAGUUCAACGGCAUCAUUGAUCAGGUUGUGCCUCCUCUUGUCAGCCGGAAUCAGCCUUUUGCACUGACGUUUGGCAACCACGAUUGUUCCGAGACCUGGAGCACUCGCUCUAUGGCUUUGCACAUGUGGUGGGACAUCAAGGGAAACAAAGGCGAGAAACACCCUUUUACGACACAGUCUGUGGAAGGCCCAGUUGAACAGGUAGGUUGGAGCAACUACUACAUCCCGGUCUACAGUUCUGCAGACGGAGACAAGCUCGAAAUGCUGCUUUGGUUCUUUGAUAGCAAAGUCGGCAAGGUCUUCCAGCCUGGAGCAAACCUCGACACUCCUGUUGGUAGUUGUGUUGAUCAGAGGUAG